CAACAUCGUCAUCCCAACUUGACGUGCUUGAGAGUUAGGUUGUUGCUUCACACUUCCCAUCCAAUUUCCGCCAACUUCCUUUCUAUUCAACAGCACCACGCCAUGCCAGUGCAGCGGUACCACUUACGCGACCAUGGCCAACAUUUAUAACAGCCAACUCGACGCGUUCGAACUCUACCACCAAGUCCAAGAAGAAAACAACAACCGAUCACGAACCUCAGGAUCAGGAGGGUCCAAAGCACCGUUUCUAGAAGCCCUCGGCCAUGCGGUCGCCGGAUCAGCAGGGUCCGCGCUCUCAAACGCGAUCCUCUACCCGAUCGAUUUAAUUAUUACUCGGCUCCAACUGCAACGACAGCUACGAAAGGACCAGUCCCAACCCUCGGAAGACGAGUACAAGGGCUUCAUUGAUGCGGUCGAAAAGAUCUACAAGAAUGAAGGCGGCGUCGCUGGAUUGUACACGGGUUUGCUGCAGGCGACGGGCAAGACGAUUGCCGACUCGUUCAUCUUUUUCUUAGUUUAUAGCUUUCUUAGGGAUAAGAGGCUGGUCAGACAUGGAAAGGGGACGAAGUCGUUGCCGGCGAUUGAAGAGCUGGUUGUCGGGUUUGUCGCGGGCAGUUUGACGAAACUUGCGACGGCGCCGAUUGCGAAUAUUGUUACGAGGAAGCAGGCGGCUGCGCUGCUGGCGGCGAAAGAGAACGACUCCCAACCGUUUCACGUUCCCUCCGCCCGAGAGAUCGCCCGAGACAUCUAUGCCGAGAAAGGUCUGACGGGGUUCUGGUCCGGUUAUUCAGCUUCACUGGUGUUGACGCUCAACCCAUCAAUCACGUUCGGCUUGUUUGAAACCCUGAAAAAGCUGUUCCUGCCGCACCAUAGGAGAGCGCAUCCGCCGCCAUAUUUGACUUUCUUGCUGUCUGCUUUCAGCAAGGCUUGUGCCUCCUCGGUCACGUAUCCUUUCAGUUUGGCCAAGACACGGCUCCAGGCCGGAGGAGCCACUCGACAACAAGAAGAGCGUGACGAGGACAAAGUGAUUGAUCAGGAUCUUGAAAGCGACAAGGCCAAAAAGGCCGCCAGGGCCACGAUCUUCAGUACCGUUUUGACGAUUGCCCAGACGGAGGGAGUGAGUGCGCUUUAUGAAGGGUUGUAUGUGGAGAUUCUUCGGUCUUUCUUCAGUCAUGGAAUCACCAUGCUGGUGAAACAGAUUAUUCAACGGUUUCUGGUCCGCGCAUAUUAUAUCACCUCCAUCGUGCUGGGUCGAUAUAAGCGGAAAGGCAAGACAACUGCAAGCCGGCUGGCUCAGCGGGCAAAAUCUAGUGUCGAGUAUUAUAAUCUGGCCAUGGCGCGUGCGAGCGAGAAAUUGGAAGAAGCCACUCAGGCGGUCAAGGAAAAGGCUAAUGAGACGGCUGAGUUUGUGGGUGAAUAUGUCGAGGAGGAUUCGGGGGAAUGGCGCGAGUUGUAUGGGACGACGGGGCUUGCGAGGUGGCUUGACAGCGAACGGUUGGCCAAAGAUUGAGAUGGAGUGUAUGAUUUGGUAACAGCACAGUGCUGUUUUUCGUUUGAGGAAACGAACUCAACUUGAACUUGAGGGGACCGGAUAGCUGGGGACGGCGCCAGUGAGGAUACCGUACUAGUCACUCUGGGGCGUCAAAGUGUGGCACUGGCAGGGCAGAUAUUCAAGGAUUAUAUUUCUUUUUUAUGGUGGUUGAGUUCGCAAGUACUGUAUCAUCGAUAUGCCACACGUUGUCCACCA